AUGUCCGACCAGUUCAAGGCCAGGACGCUGAAGAGGAAGAAUGUAAAAGGACUGGCUUUGAGCGCUCCUCCACCAAGAACAGCAAACCCUUCAGAUGGGGACUCCCAAAUUCCGGGCGCUCUGGGCAAUUCCGAAAGUGACCGGACGGACACUUUGGAGAUUGGUCUCGAGUUCAAACUUGAUCUGAGAAGCGAGGACUUGGUAGUCCUGAAAGAGCUAGGAGCAGGCAAUGGAGGAACUGUCAGUAAAGUCAUGCAUGCUUCUACCAAAGUUAUCAUGGCAAGAAAGAUUAUCCGAGUUGACGCAAAGGAAAACGUCCGCAAGCAGAUCGUCAGAGAAUUGCAGGUAGGCCAUGAUUGCAGUUCUCCAUAUGUCAUCACGUCAUUAGACCGUAUAUCUAAGGAUUUUGGUCCUAUCCGUGUCGAUGUGCUUGGGAAAAUUACGGAAUCAAUUCUUGGAGGCCUUGUAUAUCUCUACGAAGCACACCGUAUCAUGCAUCGUGACAUCAAACCCUCCAACGUCUUGGUUAAUUCCCGAGGCAUGAUCAAGCUAUGCGAUUUUGGUGUUGCCACUGAGACAGUCAACUCCGUUGCAAAUACCUUUGUCGGCACUUCUACCUAUAUGGCACCUGAAAGAAUUCAGGGAGGAGCAUACACGAUCAAGUCUGAUGUAUGGAGUGUGGGUUUGACAGUGAUGGAACUAGCCAUUGGAAGGUUUCCCUUUGACUCUACGGAUUCUGCUGCAGGCGACAGAGCUAGCGCCGGACCAAUGGGUAUACUCGACCUUUUGCAAACCAUAGUGCAUGAGCCUGCACCCAAACUACCGAAAAGCGAGGCUUUCCCAGCUAUUCUGGAAGAUUUUGUGGCCAAAUGUCUUCUCAAGAAUGCCGAUGAAAGGCCAACACCUAGAGAGCUCUACGAUCGCGACAACUUUGUACAGGCGGCGAAGCGAACCCCUGUCGACCUGGCGGAAUGGGCGGUUUCCAUGAUGGAAAGACACAACCGAAAAUCUUACUUGGCGCCACCAGCGCCUAAAUCACUCAAGAGCGACGGCACCAGCUCAGAUACCUCGUACACCAAUUCAGCCGCUUCGACAGCCUCAUUCACAAGUGAUGCCCGAGGUACCCCGGUCACUGCGAGGAGAUAUGCCAGUCCUACAACGGGCAGCAUAACGGUAGCCGCACCUCAAGGUGUGCCUGCACCAGCACAACAGACUCCAACAGGAAUCGUCGAAAGAUCACCUCCUCCACCUCUUUCAUUGCAGCAUUUAUCCCUGGAGACCCGCGACCCGCCGAAUGGUGUCUCCAACCGUGCAAACCGACUGGGCUUCAGUGAACGCGACAACAUCCCGGAGCCUGCUUCGGCAAUCGAGUCGUCACAUCGCCCUAUGUUCCCACCGAGGACCAGCAGCAGCAACUCCUUGGCAGGUAACAGGAUCCCGCUGGCAAGUCCUGCACUGGCUAUACGGCCGCCUCCACCAAGCGGUCCGUUGCCGCCGCCACCUAUGAAGGAUCUCCCAGCGCCUCCAGCACUGAAGAGUGCAGAGAUUGCGAGUCCACGUCGGGCUAGAUGA